AUGGCUGGAUCUUUUCUCAGACAAGUCAAGAAAACUCCAGAGGUAAGGGUUUCCGUUUUUAUGAGGUUUUAAAAAUUUUAUUCCAAAUCGUGCAGUCUGACACGAGCCACAUGUUCAACUGCGUUUACUGAAAACGGAAGAAAUUUCUAAAUUUUGUUUCAUUUUGAUUCAAAGAGAACUCGACAGUUUUAACUGUUUAUUUCAAACCUUGUCUAAAUUUUCGCAAAUAUGAUGGUAGAGGGGAAAAUGCAGAGGGAAAAUGCAAAAGAAAUAUAACCAAAAUUUUCAUCUUGUGACUGAUUGCUCAGAAAAUUGGUAAUUUUUCAAAUUUUUGCAAACCCUGCAUAUUUAAUGGCUUACUUUUUGUUAUUGCUGCCCAAGACAUUUUUAGCUUUCCUAUGCAUUUAGCAACAGUCAACAUGCUCUUUUGAAACGCUCGACUUAAAAUGACUCAUAAGAACACCCGCGGGGCUUAACAUACCGCCUUGACAUUGCCAUUACAAUUUCUGUCCCUUUUUCAUAAUACCCCACUUUCCAAUCCCAACGCAGAAGUAUUUCGAAUUUUUGAAUGAAAAUAUGACCAAAUCCUAACAAUCGGCGUCCUGUAAAAGAUUUUCUCAGCAGAGGAAUUUUUCUUUUUUACUGCAUAUAAAUCUCGAGCUUAUUUAUAAAGCCUGUAUGAAUACUUUUGCAGAUUGCUCCCCUGGUCCUGAUCGUAAGUGGAGCUUGUGUUGGUGCUAUUGGUAUGACGAUAAGAGCUGCUAUGAGGAAUCCAGACGCUAGGUAUGUAUUUGAAAAUUAUUUUUAAAAACUGAGAUCAAAACGUUCGAUCAUGACUCUCAGUGCAGUAUUUAAAAAGUCACGAACAAAUUUGCGACAUCGGCGCGUGAUGGAAUUAUUUCCUUUUGCAAUAUUCUUUACUUCCUCAUCACGUUUGUCAUAUAAUAUGGGUAGAAAAAAGAAGGAUUGCAACUUUUUUGUUCAUAUUGUCUAUAAAUAUCCUGUUAGUUUCGGUAUGGGGCGUGAUUGUUGUCACGCGAUUUCACCCGCUUCAAUGAGGUCAUGACGACACAAGCGGACGCUCGAUUUUUUUAAUUCUCUUCGCCGGUACCUUUUAAAAUGAUUAAUGAGGUGCCAUAAAAUCCUGAGGUUUCAAAGAAUGAGAUCUGUUUAAUAGAGAAAAUAAUCAAAAGAAACCGCUUUACCAUUUUAACCGACGCGUGUUGAAAUGCAUGCGUGUGGAUGUCCUCAAUGCAAAUUAUUUAUAAUUUGACGUCAAUAUUCACUUUAACAAUGGUCACGUAUUGUCCUUCGUUAUUUGUUGAUGUCACGCAUACUUACGCGGAAGUCCAAAGGACAUCUGCCCCACGCACAGCGUAACUUUUUUCGUCCAUAUUUUAGCUUAAAACGCCCCAGUUUAAAAAUGGCUGGCAUUUUUCUGAAAGGGUCCAUAAAGUUUUCCCCAGUUUUCAAAUGGUAGGCAAAUGGGUCCAUAAAGAGCCAAAUGCUCUGCUAUCUAAUAAUUUAUUUCUUCACUGAUUGCACCCUAAUGGGAUUUUAAGCUGAAAUAUAUACAGAAACUCCAAAACAAAAUCAGAGGAUGACAAUAAAUUAUUAUUAGUAUAGGCAGAACGUAUGGAAAUCUCAUUUAGCAAGAAUAAAAACUAUUGGAUUACAUCCUUUUUAGGCUGAGAAAAUGUGAGUGUUUCUUGGUAUUUGGGGAAAUAUUGUCUGUUAGAAAUAUACAUUCUUGUGGUUUCAAUUUAACAGUUAAGAUCUUGCACAGCCUCUAGUAGCUUAUUAGAUGAUAUCUUAAUUCUUUUGAUAUUACCUUACAGUUGGGACAGAGCAAAUAACCAACAUCCUUGGCUUAAAAUCAAGCCCAACGAACAAGUAAAGGUUAGUAGUAAAUAGAUUUGGGCCGCUUCUCACUUUCCUUUAACCUUAUUUUCUCUAAUUUUCUAUUUCAGCUCUUUUUCAGAAAAUUAUUACUACGAGUUACAACCCAGUUAAGUCGAAGUUAAAUUUACUAGAUUGUUUUUUAUUAGCAUUUCAUUUAAACAAAGAGGCUGGUAGUCUGCCUGCAGCAACCUAAGAUCAGUUAUUUUUGUUUCGAAUUAUCCCAUUGAGUAACUUAUAGUGUGACUGAAGUCAAAGAGAAUAUGCAAGAGCUGGUAAAAUAAUUUAGCCUGAUCUCAGGUUAACUAGUUUGCAAUAGUUGUUUGUUUUGCCUGAUAAAACAAAUCAUUAACAGUCGGGUGGGAGACCAUUUCAUAAGGGCUUAUAAUAAUAAUAACAAGAAGAAUAAUAAGAAUAAAGAUAAGCAGGUGUGGAUCCACACCUGUUACCACCAUUUUACAGACUGAUCAGUCAGAUACUUCAUAAUAAAUACAUAGAUUAAUAAAAUGUUCAAGAUUUAAUCCAGUUCCAUCAGUCUCCUUGUAUUCUGCUCUAGUUCAACUAUUGAGCACUCUUAUAGUUGAUGAGGACAUCACUCUGGUACUUUGGUUGAUUAACCAAAAAAUAUUUUUCAAGUUGAAAUCUGGAAAAUGGUGGGAGCUAAAAUCCAAAACAUUUUCCAGGGGAGCAUGACCCCGGAGCCCCCUAGAAGCUUGAGUCUUCAGCCCUUGUCUGGGAAAUUAUUGGUCACUAUCCCAGAUCCAUGUCUGCUUAAGUGAGGUUAUUCUUGCUAGAAGCUUAUACCACAAGUUAAGGUAUUUUUUCAAUUAUUAUUAUUAUUAUUAUUUUUGCAACCAGCUUUUACUUUCACUCACUCUGAAUUUUAAUUUUCUCAACAGCUUUACAGUCAUUCUGACUAUUCAAAGUUUGAGAGUGACAGACCAUCAGAUCCUGGAAAAUCAGAUUGAACUGAUCCAAGAAAGAAUGAAAAUAUGACAGAUAAAAUACUGAAGACAGCCACAGUUAGGGUUUGCGAUAAUGUUAAGAAGAACAUUAUAUACUGUGCUUUUAAGUGACUAAUACAACAUACAAGUGUAUAGAACUAGCUGAGUUUAAGUUAAUUCAAGUAGUUUUUUGAAAGUAAUUAAAAUGGAAUUUAAGUAACAUAAUCCCUGCUUGCUCCUUCAUCAGCAAAGAUCUUGGGCGAUCCCGCACCUAUUUGAAAGAUUGUUUUUGAUUACCUGGGAAAACAAUAGGGAUUCUCACAUAACAAUGCCCCUAUCCCUGAAAACAAUGGAAAUGCAGAUUAAUUGGAACCAGUGAAAUAAGAGGUUUAGAACGGUGCAGGUCUACUCAAGAUCUUUGAAGGAGAGGUAUAGACACUUUCUUGAAAAACACCUACAAAUAUUUAACUAGUCAUAUUUUUUUAAGCUUAAAGAAAAUUAAAAUAAAUAAAAGUCAAUAUUAUUAAGUUAACUGACGUUGAACCAAAUAUGUUUUUGGCACACAAAUGACGAUCGUACUGUGCAUAUUUAAGAUAAACCUGCCAUUGCAUGUACAGAACUUGUGUUUUGUAACAGUUUGAAAAAGGUUGUCAAUAAUUAUUUUUCCUAAUAAUAACCUAAUAUUUAUAAUUUCAUUUUACCCUUUAUGUUCUUUAAAUAGGCCAAGUGAAGCAUGUUAACCUGUUUUUGAUCCUUGUUACAUGUUGGAACAAAUGCAUGUUUAUUGAAAUACAUGUACAAAUUUUAUGAAGCAGUACAAAAUCUUACAGUCUGUAUUAAAUACGUAUUGCAUUUAAUACAAUUUAAUAAAAAGAUAUUGAAAAAAUAGUUUGUGUUUCCAUUUUUUUGUAAAUUUCAUGUACAUAGGUACAUUUAAAAUACUUCCCACCUCAAUAUUUUUGCCAAAACAGGCCGCCAUGUUCUUUCUGUGACGCCAAUUGUACUUAGCAGCCAGGCCUUUUAAAGAAUUCUUUUACGAAACGCGAACGCCAUUUUGCUUCCUCGUCCUUUUCGAAACGGUUCAUUUUGUAGCGUGCCUGGCCAGUUAGACUGAAGAAAUGGUGUUCGCAUAUUUAAAGAAAUAUCCUGAGGUAAGAUUAGGGUUCUGUUGGGGUGAUACUUGCUGACUGUUGCGUUCUAAUGCGCAAAUUCAGUUUGUAGAUGCAUCGAUCGCCGCUGGUGGUCGCAAGUUUUCUCGUGAAAUGUUUAUAUUAAGUUAGCAUGCAAUGUUAGUUCGACCUUUUAUGCUUCUUUGGGAAAAUUCAAGUGAAGUUUUUCAAUCCAACUAUAGAAAGUGCCGUGGGCCGUUAAGCACUCGUAAAAUUUCGCACUUUUUUGUUUGUAAAAUUAGAGUUUACAGUUCAUUUACGCGGCCCAUAUUGAUAUCGGACAUUCCCUUUUUGUACUUAUCAAUCAAUACUACCCAGCUUUGAUUAUACCAAUCUUUUUAUGAUUUAUACAUUUAUUUACAGUUGUGUUAUGCAUAUAUAAUUUAUGUCAUUUAUAGAGGAUCUCUUUUUAUACCCACUAUAUUGACAUACAUUAUUCCCUAAUAUGUUAGGUGCAGUUUACAUAGGACGCCUUUACCGUGGUAAAUGAUCCUUUUACUGCGGGAAAUUGGCUUGGUGCAUGUGAUCAUACUUUCCCGGGAUAAAUUAAGCAUGGGAAAUAUCCAUGGUUAUGUCAAAGGGAAGAAAGAAACCCCCCAUGACAUUUAACAUGGUUAAUAGCUAGGGGUUUUUCGAUACCCAAGGUCAGAGAGCCAAUCCGGGGUUCUUCAUUUGACACCAACAUGAAACUGCAAAAAAAAUUCCUUUUGUUAAUGGGUUUCUUUCGUGCUGUUGUUGAGAGAAGGAUCAAUGUUGCAUGGUGGAUUUCACUUUAAAAUGAAAGUAACAGGGAAAUUUUGAGGCAAAAUUUUGAACUGGUUUGUUGGGCUAGUUAUAGGAACGAUAUUUGCCAAAAAUAUAUUUUAUUCCUGGCAUGUAAUUGAACACUGAGAUGCAGCUGAACUGUAAAAUGGAAUCUAGGGUCAAGAUUUUAAAAAAUGCUAUGUACCUUUGCUAAAUUUUCAAAUUAUAUGUAAAUUGUCAACAUAACAUGAAAUACUGCCAUGAUUGACUAAAUCGACAGCGAUUAUUACUGCAAUAGCACCAAUGAAGCCUUAAAAGCAGCUGAUUUAUCUUAGAAAUCAAUUCACAUAUAACCACGUUACCACGGUAAACUAAACCCAUGUUUAAAUUUUCCAUGGCUUCGUUAACGAGAGAAAUGCCUUUUACCAUGGUGUGUGUAACCACACGAAUUGACAUAUAGACAGUUGAAAAUCUCAUAAUAAGCACCCUUAUGAAGCAGAAAAGUAAUUAUUUAAAGUGGCUGCUUAUGGGAAUGAUUCUUGUGAGUGACAUAAAAAAUCCCUUACCAACGUCAGAACAUAAUCAAGAGAAAAGCUUAUAAGAAUUAUUAAAAUUAUCCCCAAAGGGAAAUGCUUUGGUUUUUUGUAACAUUCUCUCCACUAAUUCUGUAAGGAAUCGUACUGAAAUUAUUUUGGUGAGAUUUGUAUGUUGAUCAUAUUAUCUGGUUCCCUAUUUAGGGGUCAGGGUUUUGGACUUUUUGUUUUGUUAUCUUACAAAGUGUUGUUAGGUUACAUGCUACCCUAAAAAAUUAUGGAAAGUAGGCAUUCAAAAGUAAAACUUUUACUAAUGUUUAUAUGAGUGAGAGUGUGGGGAGUACUUUCAGUGAGUCUUCAGUCAUGCAUGAACAGAAAGAAAGCAAAACUCAAAAUUGUAAAUGCUCAUUUGAUUCUAGCUUGUGCCAGGCUCACAGUCAGUGCUUUAACUCAAUGUCUGGAUUCAGCACUGCCGGGAGCUGGUAUUCUGGAAAAAUGCUUACAGACUCAACUACUCUGUUUCUCUCCAGCCCCCACGCAGUUUUUGCACAACUAUCCUUGAUCUGCUUUCUCCACUAUCUUCAGUUGAAGCCUGGAAGAGGCUAAUUUGAUUCUCAUUGUCUUGCAGCUUAUCCCACUGUUUGUGGUGGUUGGUGCUGGAUGUGUGGGAGCUGCUGGAUAUGUGAUGAGGCUUGCUCUCAAGAAUCCUGACUGCACGUGAGUAUUAGAAACAGCUGCGUUACUGUGCUUUAAGUACUCCCUAGCAGGGAUCAGUGUUGUCAAAUGGGGUACGCAGAGAACAAAACAAUCCACACCCCUCCGCACUCCCCUACAUUCAAAGGUGUGGUGUCAGUUGUUUCUUAGAAGUAGUUCAAACAGUGGCACAACAUUACUUUGAUGGGGGUGGGGAGGGAUAAGCUGCAGUACAUUUUUCUUGUUUGAAUUCGACAGUUUAAUGUCAACAUACCUUAGAAAGGCCCUUUAUGGCAAAGUAUCUUUACCAAUAAAUUUUGUGACUGAAUGUAGCCAUUUACAAGCCUGGUUAAAGAGAUGAUCUGAGGAGUACCAAGAAACAAAUCCAGCUAGUAAUCUGAACAGGAGUUGAACUUGGGGCCUCCAGAUUGCCAUAAUAAAAUAAUCCCUAUUUUCAAAUUAUUGUUUUCCUUUUCUGAAACAGGUGGGAUAGAAAGAACAAUCCCUACCCAUGGCAGAAAAUCAAGCACAAUGAAUGCAAAAAGGUAGGUAGCGAUGGUAAAGUAUUCAAUUCUGUACUCUGUAAAUCAGAAACUGCAAGAAUCUCACAGACACCUGGGACCUCAAUGCAGUGCUGCUACCUUUUUCUAAAAUCGAUGGAGAAAUGGAAAAAAUUGCUGGAGAUUUGACAUUUUCUUGCAUUGUCAAUGUUUCAUGUUUCUUAACAGGCUGAGAGUUUGAAUAGCCAGCAAAUCCCCAGUCCCUGGAGAGGCCUGUAUUGUGGCUUUAUUCUUGAUAUCUUUUGCUGGAAUAAUCACGAGUUGUAAAAGAUACAAGAUUGCAGUGUUAUUUAAGUAAAACUUGAACAAAUAGCAGGAUUUAAUGUGAAGAUAGGUGUCUUGCAUUUGAAAAUUCUGAGUUUGAGAGAGAACUGUAUUUCUAUCAUUGUUAGGUGCAUUCAUUAGCCUUUGCUCUUUGCCUUUUGUAAUGUGAUGCUUUAUCUCUCUGUGACUCAGGUGCAUGUCAUGUCGCAGCUGACACUUUGUUUUGAUUUAUUUACAGUUCUACAGCAUUGUUGAUUUUAAGACACUGGAGGACCCAAGACCAAAUGUGAAGCUGGAUUAA